AUGUCGGAAUCCGUGAAGCAAGUGAAAGUGGACAACUGGGGAAUUUAUUUCCUGCAGCGGCUAAAGCAUUUCUUCAACCGCACAGAUUAUUGUGAUUUAACCCUCCAAUUCCAAGAUAAUGCCCAGCUUAAAGUUCACAGGUUAGUUCUGAACGCCUGCACUGAGUAUUUCGAACUCUUGGAGCGUACGUGCGAAAUGUACGAGGAUUGUUUGGUUAUGCCGGAUGACUUACAAGCCGACGUUGUUGUGCCCAUAAUUAACUUCAUGUACACCGGUCAACUCGAGUUCAGAACGGAGUUAUUAGAAAAACUAUACCAAACAUCCCUGAUUAUGAAUAUGCCUGUACUUACAAAGCUUCUCGACGGCCACCGUGUUUCCAAACCAUCUUUAGUCCAGCAUUACGGCAAAAAGUACUCAAAGACGGACGUAUCCAAGAUAUUAAAUUUACCAGUGACUCCAUCAUCGAGUUUUAAUAGUACUAGUAAACGUAAUUAUUCAACAGCUUUUGAAACUUCAAGCACAGUUAAAUCUAAAAAACCCAAUACUUCUAAUGUAAAUGAAUCCCUUCUGAAAAGUGAUUCAAAUCAAUCAGGGUCAUCGACCUCACAGUUUCCAGUGUUCACUGAAAAGAAUAGUAAGGCAGCUAAGGAACCUCGUCCCACUAGAUAUGAAUUACCCGAAGAACUGGAUGAGGACAAUAUAUUUGAUAAUUCUUUUACUAACAUCUCCUACACAUCCAAGCCACUAAUGGUACACCCCGAGACAGUUAAACAGUAUGGCUCGAAGAAAAUUAAUUUAUUUGAAGAAGGAUCAUCAAGUUCAAGUAGAUUUAUAAGAAGUUCAUCAUCCGAUCUUGUGGAAUGUAAGAAAAUAACCAACAGUAAUAUAUUUGAAGAUGAUAUUAAUGAUAGUAUCGAAGAAAAUGAUAUAUUCUCAUCGACACCUUCAAAUAAGGACAUCACUAAAGAUAGCAGUAAACUGUUCGACCAGAUUCUUGAUAGUGACGGGCCCAAAGUCACUAUUGAAGCUAAAAAUAAAGAAGUCAAUAAUUUAGAUCAUGCAAAAAUAAUAAGUGAAGUAUUAAAAAAAUAUCCCCAUCUGGUCAAGAGUAAUAAGAACAUUAAGUUGAAAAUUCUGAACACUCCGAAUAAAAGUAAAAAGUCACAAUCAUCCAAUGUAUUGAAUGAAGAUAAGGAAGUUAAAUUAAAAGCGGAAAUGCCCGACUUUACUUAUGAAACCGAUGUCAUUGAUUCAAAACAAGCGGCCCAACUAAUAGCUUUAGGGGUGGAAAAUGUGAAAGGGCCAUGGAUUUGUUUGAUUUGUGGCACACCAGGAAGAGCUUUACAUUUCACAUCAUAUUAUAAUUUCCGGAAACAUCUCGUUGAAGUACACAAUGAGAAGCCCGUGCCAACUAUAUGUGAAUAUUGUGGACAAAAGUCUUUAAAGAGAAACUAUUUAUUGCAUCACUUGCUUACCAAGCAUGGUGUCGAACCACCUUCAAAUUAUCACUUCCCUCGAUGCAAUGUAUGUAACUACAUAGCUCUUAAUGAAGCACUAUUAGUUAAACAUAAAAUGACACACACCGAACUAAAACAAUUUAGAUGCAAUGUAUGUGCUGCUAAUUUCAACUCGUCGAACCAGAUGUUAAUACACAUACAAAAGACCGGUCACAAAUAUAGCGCUGAACGGAAAACUAAUUUGAAAUGCAUUUAUUGUCUCAAAGUGUUUUUGCGAGAGAGUAAUCUGUAUGCUCAUCUCAAAACCAAUCACAAGGAGGCCGCUAAGAAUGAUGGCAUAAUAGAUGACUCAGAAGAAGAACAACAAGAAGAAGAAAAGAUUGUGAGCAAACAAAGAAAAUCAGAUCACACAAACAUAAUAAAACUAGAAGUACCAGUCACUUAUGAAAAUACAUACGAAGAUAAUAACAUACAGUAUGAAAUAGAAAGACAUCCAGAUGGAAACAUUAGAGUUGUAUCCAAGAAGCAACGUGUUGUGUUACCGAAACACAAGAUAUUAAAUUCCAACUACGGUUCAUCAGUACAAAAUGUUAAUGCUAAUAAAUCUCAAGUUAAAACUAAACCGGUUCACAGAUCUCCUGUGAAGAACGAAUUUUUACAAGAGACCAGUUCUCCUAACACUCUAAGCAAUGAUGAAAUUGUAUUGAUAGACAACAAAGAAUAUAUAGUAAGAGAUUAUCAACUUAUCCCUAAAAAGGAGAAAUAUAUGGGAGAAUUCAUUAUGCCAAGUAACAUGGAGACUGAUGCUGAAGAAAAUAUUCAAACAGUGCUCCCGACAACUUCAAUGGAAUAUCAGAAUAUUCAUGGCAAUAACUACGAAGCUAAAAUGUUCGUGAAGAAAUCUAACAAAGCCAAUCAUCCCGUACAAAUAGUAGUGUCUAACGAAGAUGAAUACAAAGCGUUAAUGGCGUCGCACCAAUCUGUUUUGUACGAGGACAGAGAUGAUGGCAAAACUCUCGCGAUGUUAACAACCAAUGAUCACACGUUAGAGAAUAGGACUAUAGAUUUAACUAACGCACAGUCUAACAUGAUGAUAAUUCAAGAUGACUUCUCUAUGAAUGUCCCCGAAACAGUGUCUUCAGAAAAUCCUAAUAUAGUGGUCGUAUACAGCCAUCCGAUAGAAGAUCAAAAACAGUACCAAAUAAUAACAACUCAAGCGAUCAAUCCACAAUUCGUUCAAUCAUCAGCAAUACUCACACAAAACUAUGAAACCGUAACAACUAGUACACCGGGUAUAAGUGCAAACGCUUCAGCACAAACUGCUUGGCAAAGUAAUAUGCCGGCUAAUACAAUUACUAUGACUACUGCUUCUGAAAUACAAAAUAUGACUAUGGCUGGCUCACUACCAAUAGCGCAUGUAGAAAACAUCACAACAUCUGAAAUGAACAAUCUGCCUGAAGUCCAUUUAACGUCAUCUGAAACAGUAUUAGGCUAUAAGGAAAUGGUUAAUGCAACAAAUAUCAGUAAUUUUAACCAAUCCAAUAUUAUAAGUUCUAUAAAUGUACAAGCAAUAGAACAACCCGCUGGCGUUAUUACCAUACAACAGCAAAAUGACAAUAAUAUAAGUCAACAUUCUAUUAAUAAUCAGUAUAAUCAGAAUGAAAUCACAACAAACAUCAUACAAGCUGAUUCCAACGCAACAUAUGCUUCAUCAGUAUCGAUUUCGGAACAUGGACAACUCACUUCAGUCCCGCCUGUAAUGGUUCCAGCGACGAUACUCGCUUCAAUCAACCAAUCAAACGCUAUCCCAUCACUAGCUCAGAGAACCAUAAUCACCUCACUAGAUCCCUCUACGACCUCCCCAAAUAUAAAUCCAACAACAACUAUUGCUACUUUGGACCCUAUAACUAACUUAGCUACUCUAAUCCCCACUUCCAACAUUGCUUCAAUAGAUCCAACAACUAACAUAGCCACUUUAGUUCCAUCAUCAACAAUAACAACAUUAGAUCCUACUACUAAUUUAGCCACUUUGGUCCAGACUAGUACGAUAGCCACACUUGAUCCAACAACAAACGUGGCGACAAUAGUUCCAGCUACUAGCAUAGCUACAAUAGAUCCUAACACCAAUAUAGCGACAUUGUUGCCAGCAGCCACAUUAGAUCAGGAAAAUAAAAUAGUCACGUUGGAUUCUACAACUAUAAUGGAACCAAUUACUGUAGAUUCGACCAUAACAGUAUCCACAAUAAAUACAACAGGGACUGAAACAGACUUAGCAACAAUAUCUGAGCAAACAACUGUUGUAGAAGAAUUAGAUAUAAAGGAUGUUGUGCCAGCAACAGAUUCUACAACUACUUUGGAUAUCCAAGAUUCAAGUACAACGGCAGAUGAACCAGCAAAAACUUUAGCUCCUGAGGAACCAUCUGUUGAUAAUGAUAACUUACCAACAACAAUUACUCUAGAAGAACCAACUACAACAAGUACUGAACCAGAAAAAUAUUCUGAUUCAACAGAUACACAUAAUACCAUAGAAAUGCCUACAAAACCAUCAAAUGAAGAGAGUGACGUGGGCACAGAAGUUGUAGAUACUUCAGAAAUUCCUUUAGAAACAAAUGUCAAAGAAGAAAUUAGCUCAACCAUUCCAGUGACGGAAAAAAUUAUCGAAGAAGUCAAAGAUUCAAAUGUACCAGCUGAAGAAAUGGAAGUGGAUGAAACGAUCGAAAAUAUAGCUAAAGAUAUUGGAGUCAGUCCGAACACGAUAAAUGUGCAUGAAAUACCAACGAAAAAUCCAAAAUCUGACGAUUCUAAUGAUUUGAAGAAAGUUGUAAUAGAAAGUCUUACAUCAGAAUGGUCCGAAGAUGAAUCAGAAAAUUCACCACAACCAAAUAACGACGACGUUCCUAUCAUCACGAACGAAAUUAAAGAGGAACAAAAGGAAACCGUUGAGAUUGAAGAAUCCAUUGAAAAUAUUCAACAGGAAGUUGACAAGCAAAUCGCUGGUGACGUCAGUUCCAUCAUAGACGAGAGCACCAUCUCGUCCUAUGAAAACACCAUUACUGUUGUCGAAGAAAAACCUAAAGAAGUCAUCGAUACACCAAAAGAACAAAUAACAUCUUUACUAAAUGAAUGGGAUGAUAAUGAUUCACAAGAAAAUGAAGACACAGAUACUGUUGAAGUAGAUGGCAAUACAGAUAUAAAGUCCUCUGAAAAUAUUCCAGAGAAAAUUCAUGAAGACAAAAUAAUAGAAACUAUCAAAGACGAGAAUAUAAAGAGUUUAGUCAGCGACUGGGAUGAGGAGGACGAGGAAAAUAAGGUCUGA